AUGUCUUCGAGUGGACCCCCAGGAGGGCUUUCCCUUUUCCCCAAUACAUCUAGGUCGCCGCCUCGGAAGACAACGCCUCGACCACGCGCUAGAUCUUCCUCCAGAGGACAAGGCUCAUCUCUAGACAUGACGCCGCCGAGAAAUGGUCGACGGACACCAGAAGACCUCUCCGAAUUUGUCAUCGACGGGUCGCCAUCCAUGGCUACUCCACCGCAGAUGGCUUCCAAUAAUCCAUUUUAUCAGAACCAAGCAGGGCCGUCAGUAUCAAGGCCAGUGCCGACAUCUGAGGUACCACCACGAACAGAUACCGCGUUUUCGGGAACGAGUACGUUAGUGAGGAGUGAGAGUGAAUUGUCCCGAAAUUCAAUUGCCAAGAGACCCCUAGAAGAACCAUCAUCAUAUACGACGGCGGAACCGGCUAUUCGUUCAAUUUUCCCACAGUACGACCACACUCUACCAUUUGACCGGCAAGAGUAUUAUCCAACUCAGACAAGUCCAACUCAUAUACCGCGGACAGUCAUCAGCAGACAAUCUCACGUGCCCGAGGCUCGGAGUCCACCAGUUCGGAGUCCCGUGAGAAGCCCCCUCAGCGCUGGUUCUGCACAGCGAUGGCCUAGACGACCCCAGGACCCUCCAGUGAUUCCAACCGUGAGCACAACCGAGGACCUCCGUGACUUCUGGAAAGCGGCCAAUGGAUGGAAGGCGUCUGCUGUAGAAGGUCGGACUUUCUGCAUGAAGUUGAUCCCUGAGAAGGACACUCCCAUCUAUAACCUAACAUCAUCUUCGGCUCAACCAUUCUAUCAUAUGCGGGUAGAUCCAACAUCAGCAAGCGCAUAUGUGACCUUAAGUCGACAUGACCCAAGUAAGCCUUACAAAGGGGGAGACCCAACUACAAGUCCCAGAUCGAGCGGCUUCCUCGGGGCUCUUCGGGAAUCGGAAUCGAAGCCAUGGCAGGAGGCUCUUACUACCACACUGGAAGAACCGUCACGCCGCCUGCCACCAAAUGAUGGUCUCGUAGCACUCCUAUACCCUACCGGAGCGGCGAAGGUAGCAUUAGAUAGGCCGGACGACAUGCAAGCCGUGAUGGCCGCGGAACGUGAAUGCGCGCGUCUGGUCUGGGACGAAGACAGUCAAAACUACUUCUUAGUACAUCCGGCCUUGGCAUCGCCCUUCUGUAUUACGAUAGAGCGCAACCCGGCAUGGAGCCGAACGGAAUACACGGUCGAGCACAUCGAGUCACCCCAUCACAUCGCAAAGCUGACACGAGACGGCACGGGUGAGGGCUGGAUCGAGCUCGACACACUAGUCGCGGGGCGCAUCGAGGCCUAUUACCUCCUCGACGUCACCGUGUCGGCGCUCCUCCUCGUCGCCAAUAUUGAUGAGAAGAACGUGCUCGUCGAGCACUUCGAGCCGCCGCCGCCCGCGCACCUACGCUCCUCUACUUCCAGCUCCAACCCGGACUUCCGCCGAAGUAGUAGCCGACUCAGCGCCAAGAUCCUAGGCAAGAAAGGCGGCGCCGGCGCUAAGAAGCGCGGCCGCCUCGAGGAAUUGGAAUUGGAUCUCGAGAGCCAGGCGAGCAGCUUGGGGGGCAAGCUGAACAUUAAGGACGGGGAUAAGGAGAAGCUUCCGGGCACGACGCGUACGAUCCUCAAGCUGCUGGGCUUCGGGUUCAAGUGCGUCAUCUGGGCGCUCACUCUGGCGUUUAAGGCGCUGAUGGCUGUCAUCGUGGGUUUGAGCAAGUGUUUGACUAGUGAGAAGCUUUGA